AGGACCAGGACCAAGCAGAGAAGUUGCCUCUCCAGCACGGGAGAGGUCAUUCCUCAGACGCAAACUAAAGCACCGUUAUCGGCCUGGGACACGAGCACUCAUGGAGAUAAGAAAAUAUCAAAAGUCAACGGACCUGUUAAUAAGAAAAGCCCCCUUUGCCAGACUGGUGCGAGAAGUCUGCAUGGAAUAUACUCGUGGCAUGCCGUUCAUGUGGCAAAGCUUAGCAAUCCUGGCAUUACAAGAGGCAGCAGAAGCUUUCCUGGUGCGACUCUUCGAAGACUCUUACCUUUGCUGUCUGCACGCCAAAAGGGUCACCCUCUUUGUUCAGGAUAUGCAACUUGCUCGGCGGAUUCGAGGGACACAGGAAGGACUGGGAUA